GAAUUCUCCGUCAUUCCUACUGGUGAUUUUGCUCAAGUUAUUCUGAAUCAGAGAGAUCUUUUUUGGAUAGGUGAAAUUUUACGUUGAAACAAGAGCUGUCUGCGAAUACGGUCUUCCUUAGAGACAACUAGUUGUUUGAUUCCACGACACGACGUGGUUUACGUACGGUUUCAGGUUAUUUGCGAAUAUUUUAGCUAGUUCUUCAAAUAUAACUCCUCCAUUUGGCAGCUCACGGUAAGCACCUCAAACAUCUUCGAAGUUGUGCACGUGAAUAUAAUUAUGGCAAUUCUAUGGAGAAUUGCGUUAUUGAAGCUGCUCUUUAUCGGUUGUCAAGUUCUCGGUCAAAAUGGCAAUACUCAAUGUGCAGGACGUAGUUGUUACCCAGCCACAGGGGACCUCAUGAUUGGUCGAAGUGCCAAUUUGACAGCAUCUUCCACUUGUGGUAUGACAUCACCCGAGGACUACUGUAUUGUUGCACACCUCCAGGUCAAUCCGGAAGAGUGCUUCGUUUGUGACACAAGCACCCCUGACCUCAAUCACGAACCAGAGAGUAUGAUAUCAACCUUCAAUGGAAAUAAAGACAGAACAUGGUGGCAAUCAGAAAAUCUCAAAGAAAAUGUGUACCUUCAGCUUGACCUGGAGGCUCAAUUUCACUUCACUCACUUGGUGAUGACAUUUCGUACUUUCCGUCCUGCUGGAAUGCUCAUCGAAAGAUCGUGGGACUACGGCAGGAACUGGCAUGUUUAUCGAUACUUUGCUGCAGACUGCGAGAAGACUUUCCCUGGAAUUUCCCACAGUCGGCAGAAAGAAAUUGAUGAUGUUAUUUGCACAGAGGAUUUCUCUUCCGUGGAACCAUCAUCAAAUGGAGAGGUUAUCUUCAGGGCACUUAAUCCUCAAAUUGCAAUAAAGAAUCCAUAUAGCGAAGAAGUUCAGAACCUGCUCAAGUUGACCAACAUAAGAAUAAACUUUACCAAGCUGCACACCUUGGGAGACUUGGUCCUGGAUCCUACGCAGCCUGAAGCUAGAUUAAAGUAUUACUAUGCCGUGUACAACCUUGUGAUCAGAGGUAGCUGCUCUUGUUAUGGGCAUGCUGAACAGUGUCUACCUUUGGAUGAUAGUGAACGGGAUGUUACUGGCAUGGUGCAUGGACGGUGUGACUGCGCUCACAACACAGAGGGGAAGAAUUGUGAACGAUGCAAAGUUGGUUACAAUGACACACCAUGGCGGCCUGCUAGUGCGGAUGAUUCAUUUGAAUGCAAGAAAUGUGACUGCAAUGGCCAUGCUGAAGAAUGCCGAUUUGAUGCAGCGGCAUAUGCUGCUUCUAAUUUUACUAGUGGUGGUGUCUGUGUCAACUGUCUGCAUAACACUGUUGGUCGCAAAUGCGAGAAGUGUAAGCCGCUGCAUUUUCAGGAUCCAUCCAAAGACUUUAGAGAUCCAGCUGCUUGUAUCCCAUGUAAUUGUGAUUCUGUUGGCGGUAUCAGUGGGGGAGAGUGUGAAGGGAAAACUGACGAGGAAGCAGGCUUGGUGGGCGGCCGGUGUAUUUGUAAAACAAACGUUGAAGGAUCCAGAUGCAGUCGGUGCAAACCAGGAUUUUGGAAUUUAAGGAGAGACAAUGACAAUGGUUGUACAGCUUGUGGCUGCAGUCCGCUUGGUACCAUUGGUGUGUGUAACCCCAAGGAUGGAAAGUGUUUGUGUAAGCGCUCCGUUAUGGGACCAAGAUGUGACCGCUGUCAGCCUGGCUAUUGGGGACUCAGUAAUAGCACUCUUUCGGGAUGCCAGCCUUGCGGUUGUAACGUGGGUGGUGCGUACGAGAGGAACUGUGAACAAAUCAAGGGCCAGUGUCGCUGCCGUAAAGGCAUCACGGGAAGACAGUGCGAUAAAGUUCAAACCGGGAAUUUCUUCCCGUUACCAGAUCAUCUGAAAUACGAGUCUGAAGAGGCAAAAAUUCUUGGGGGUCAAAACAACGGUAAAGUUGUUCCAAGGGAACCACAAACUGGAGAAGAUGUGUCCUGGACAGGCGAUGGGUUCACGGAAGUUAAAGACAAAGCGGCUUUGGAAUAUGCCGUGACAAAUGUUCCCUACACGGGUGAAUACAACAUCUUAGUUCGAUAUGAACCAAAGGAUUCUGGACUUUGGAAAGUCAAUGUAAUGAUCCAACGCCUAGACGGGCUCCCUUUGACCAGCGGUAAAUGCGUUAACGCGACUCAUGCCGAAGAACCUAACUAUGGAAAUUUCUCAGCAAUCCUGCAAACCAGACGUCGUUACGUACUUAUGCUCCCCAGUGUCUGUAUGGAGAAAGAUGUGUCCUACGUUGUUAAGGUCACCUACAGCAGAGACGAGUCCAACAAAGAUGGUGUCGAUAGUAUUUUGACGGACUCGAUGGUUCUUGUGCCCUACGUAGAGUCAGUUUCGAUCUUUCAAGGACCCGAUGGCGAGCAAAGAAAAAAGCUCUUUGAUCAAUUUAGUUGCUUGGAUUUUAACCUGGAACCAUCCUCUCCGCGACCUCCACUUCCCGAUGUUUGCAAGCAACUUAUAUUCGCCAUGUCAUCGGUUAUUUAUAAUGGCGGAAAGCCGUGUAACUGUGAUCCCACGGGAACCAAGCGAGAUGAAAAUGGGACGCUGAUCUGUGAUUCCGUGGGUGGUCAGUGUGAGUGUAAACCAAACGUGAUUGGCCAGAGAUGCGACCGCUGUGCUCCAGGAUCGUUUGGAUUUGGACCGCAGGGUUGUGCUGACUGCAACUGUAAUGGUAUUGGCGCUUCUGACAACCUUUGUAACGCUCAAACUGGACAGUGUACGUGUAGAAUCAAGGCAGGGGGGAGACAGUGCAAUCUUUGUCCCCCCCGGAACUGGGGAUUCCCUGUGUGCCGACCUUGCCGCUGUAACGGCCACGACACUUCUAACUGCAAUGCAAAGACUGGGGAGUGCCUCGAUUGUCAGCAUAACACUGCUGGCAAGAACUGUGAAGUGUGCGCGACUGGUUACUAUGGUGAUGCCACUAAAGGGACACCAAAAGAUUGCCGUCGCUGCCAGUGCCCAGGCGGUGGCACUGGAAACCAAUUUAGUGCCACUUGUCGCGCAACUGGACCGGACUCUUUUGCUUGUGACGCUUGUGAAGUUGGUUACAGGGGAACGCGUUGUGAAGAAUGCGCUGACGGUUACUAUGGUAACCCACUGGUUCCAGGCGGUCGUUGUAAACCUUGUUCUUGUAACAACAACAUCGAUCCAUCAAAUGUCGGCAACUGUGACAGAACGACUGGCAGAUGUUUAGCCUGCCUCUACAAUACCGCUGGCUUCAGCUGUGAGCGCUGCAAAUCUGGUUUCCAUGGUGACGCUAUUACCAGGAAUUGUACUAAGUGCGUAUGUAACAUUAAUGGCACGGACUCUAGUUUUGUUGACACGUGUAAUUACGAGACCGGCCAGUGCACGUGUUUGUCAAACGUGACUGGUAUUCAGUGUGACAAGUGCGCCGACGGAUUCUGGAACCUAGGCAGCGGUAAGGGUUGUCAGAAGUGCGAUUGUUGUGGAGAGGGCUCGACCCAGGCCACUUGCAAUCAGGAUGACGGCCAGUGUAAAUGUAAGCCUGGUUACGGAGGUCCUCGCUGCUGCGCCUGCGAAAGUGGUUACUGGGGAAUACCGCUGAACGACUGCAAACAGCCAGAGAAGCUGAAGUUGCUCAAAGAAUGAGAGAAGCCAAAGCAAACGAAGCAUUGAAAGAAGUUCGAAACGGAGACGUUAUGGUCAACAUGACAAAAGAAGCCGCUGACAAAGCAGUAAUGCGGGCUAUGGAUGCAGUUGCGCAAGCUCAAAAUGCAAGUGACCGCAUGGAUGAACUUAUUCAGGACAUUUUGGAGUUCCUCAGCAAGGAGUUUGGAGACACAGACAUAAUACGUAAAGUAGCUAACGGUGUGAAACAAAUGAAAUUGUCUGUAACUCCAGAGGAAAUUGAAAAACUUGCUGAGGACAUAAAGUUGGCUUUGGGCUCAUUGACCGGUAUCGAUGAAAUCCUAGAAGAAACUAAGGAAAGAUUAAGCAAGGCUAACAACUUGAAAGAGAGAGCUGAGAAAGCCAGAACGAAGGCAAGGUCAGUAUCUGCAGUGAUUGGCAACAUAACAGACAUCCUCUCGAUGGCUGGGCAGAGUCAGGCGGCGGCAAAUGGCGCCAAUGAUGCAGCUCAAAAAGACAUUGAAACAGCUGAAACUAUUCUAAAAGACCUUCAAGCAGCGUUAGACAAAUUAGAGGAGGACGUAGAUACAGCUCAAGCUAACGUGACCGACAUGGCUGCCAUGAUACCCAUGGUGACAGAACAAUUCGAGAAAAAUCAGCGACAGCUUGCUAUCACGGAAGAGGAAGCCAAGGACGCGCAUAAAGAAUCCGUGACAGCUGAAAAGUCGUUGAAAAUGAGACUAUUAGCUAUGAAGACCUUAUCGACAAAGUAACGAAGUUGCAAGAGGAAACGACAGCACUUUUGGCCAAGAUAGACCAGAGAUUUGGAUGUUACUUACAGUGCAGUCCGGACAAUCCAAACAACCCAUGCUUUGAGGAUUGAUGACAAUCGUGUAAAGUAAUUGAAAUGCUGUGGUAUCGAUAGGCCGCUAAAUUCUUCCACCAGCCACUGCCAACCUCAAGGACAAUUAACCUUUUCCCAGUCCUGUAUUAAGAGUUUGUGUAGCUUGUACUGUUAUUUGCUGGUUCUCUGCGUCUUUCAUGUCGUGUCUUUGUUAUGAAAGCGUCACAGUAUGCUCUGUAAUUUUCUUUAAUUUAUUUUAUUUUUCGUUCUUAUUAAUCGCUGUGUCUUUUAUUCUCGGUUAAAAUCGUCUUUUGUAGUGGCAUCUAUCUUUUUCCUUUCCUUUCUUUCCUUCUCUCUGUCUUCAUGUAAAUUUUAUCGGUAGAUGUUUUUGCUUAAACUGAAAAGCUUUUCUGGUUCUUCGUUGUCAGUUUUAGAGAAAGCAUCGCUCUUAGAAAUUGGAUCAAAAUUUGAUGACAGCCUUUACUCUCCCUAACAGUGGACCUUGGUACUCUGAAAUGUUUUCUUUUGUCCUCAAACUGUCAUUUGGUUUGAUCUUCUUUCCCUUGCUUUACGUUGGUUUUUUUUUUUUUUUAUUUUUUAUUUUUUAUCAAGUCUCAGUUGUUUUGUUUACUUGUUUCUUUAUUUAUUUUGUUUCAAGUGUGAAUUGAGUGGUGAACAAAAGACAUGUUACAUGGAUGUCGGUCACAAGUUUCGAAUAAAAAGGCGAACAAAAUUAUUUCACGUUCGUCAAAACGUGGUAGUCUAAACACGAAGGCGAACGAGGGAAGAUUGCCAGCAUCGAAAGUUCAUUUAAAUCUUGUCUUAUGUCAAGGAACAAGUCUACUGUUUCCUCUAAUUACUGACAACCUUGACUUUCUAGAAAGUAAACUAUUCAUGGAUUCGAGUAUCUUUUAAACAGAGGUAAUUCGAAGAUUUUCCCGAAAUGCGCUUUUUACAAGUAUGCUUAACAACUUUACGAAAUGUUGUAUUGCCAUCACAAUGAUAACAAUUUUUAAACUGAGAAUUAUUAUAUAACUGCCACAUUUUUCUCAGAAUGUCAAAGUUUCAAAAAAAUAAAUAUGCAGAUUUUACGG